AUCGAAAGAGUCGUCGCCAUUUUCUCUCUUCUCCUCCUCCGCUCCUCUGAGUCCUCUCCUCUCCGGCUCUCCCCUCCUCUGUCGGGAAGGGAAGGAUCCAAGCCCUCGCCCUGCUCCGCCUCUGAUCCCCGCCGGCCGCCGCCGCCCUCGCAACCCUCGCAGCAGCAGCAGGAGGAGGAGGGUUCAGGUGGUGGUUGCCGUCGGCCGAUGUCGAGCAGCCUAGCCUCCCGCCGCUCGUCGUCGUCGUCGGCGGCGAAGCGGCCCGCGGCGGGGGAGGGAGGAGGGAAGGCGGCCGCGGGCGCCGCGGCGGCCAAGAAGCGCGUCGCGCUCGGUAACAUCACCAACGUUGCCGCCGCCGCCAACAAUGCGAAAUUUAAUUCAGCUACCUGGGCUGCACCUGUGAAGAAGGGAUCUUUGGCCAGUGGCCGCAAUGUGGGCACGAAUCGGGUCUCGGCGGUGAAAUCAGCUUCCACCAAGCCAGCUUCGGCCAUAUCCCGCCAUGAGAGCGCCCCACAGAAGGAGUCAGUUCUUCCUCCUAAAGUGCUUAGAAUUGUUCCAACUGCUGCACCUGCACCUGUCACUGUACCCUGCAGCAGCUUCGUCUCCCCUAUGCAUUCAGGAGAUUCAGUUUCGGUUGAUGAGACGAUGUCGACGUGCGACUCAAUGAAAAGCCCAGACUUUGAGUAUAUUGAUAAUGGGGAUUCCUCCUCAGUUCUAGGUUCCUUGCAGCGAAGAGCAAACGAGAACCUGCGUAUCUCAGAGGAUAGAGAUGUUGAAGAAACUAAGUGGAAGAAGGAUGCUCCUUCCCCAAUGGAAAUCGACCAAAUUUGUGAUGUUGACAAUAACUACGAGGAUCCGCAGUUGUGUGCUACUCUUGCUUCUGAUAUCUACAUGCACUUGCGCGAGGCCGAGACCAGGAAACAUCCAUCAACCGAUUUUAUGGAAACACUCCAAAAGGAUGUAAACCCAAGCAUGAGAGCGAUCCUGAUAGACUGGCUUGUGGAAGUCGCUGAAGAAUAUCGUCUUGUUCCUGAUACAUUAUACCUGACAGUUAACUACAUUGACCGUUAUCUUUCUGGCAAUGAGAUCAAUCGUCAAAGACUGCAAUUACUUGGAGUUGCUUGUAUGCUUAUUGCUGCAAAAUACAAGGAGAUAUGUGCACCUCAAGUAGAAGAAUUCUGCUAUAUAACUGACAACACAUACUUCAGAGAUGAGGUUUUGGAAAUGGAAGCUUCUGUCCUGAAUUACCUGAAGUUUGAAAUGACUGCACCUACAGCAAAAUGCUUUUUGAGGAGAUUUGUCCGUGUUGCACAAGUAUCUGAUGAGGAUCCAGCAUUGCAUCUUGAGUUCCUAGCCAAUUAUGUUGCUGAGCUAUCACUGCUGGAGUACAAUCUACUUUCUUACCCUCCUUCACUAGUAGCGGCAUCAGCUAUUUUCCUGGCCAAAUUCAUACUGCAGCCAGCAAAGCACCCUUGGAAUUCCACCCUUGCUCACUACACACAAUACAAGUCGUCAGAGUUAAGCGACUGCGUUAAGGCAUUGCACCGCCUUUUCUGUGUUGGUCCUGGGAGUAACCUUCCUGCAAUCAGGGAGAAGUAUACCCAACAUAAGUACAAAUUUGUGGCGAAGAAGCCCUGCCCACCCUCAAUACCGACCGAAUUCUUUCGCGACUCAACAUGCUGAACUAGAAAAAUAAACCAAGGAUUAGUUACAGUUGCUGACUGAAUUCUUCCUCCAGAGGCACCUAUGCCAGGUUGUGCCGUAGACCGUUCAGAUAAGCUUGAUGCAAGGCAUGCUGCUUGCCCCCCCUGUUCUUUCAGGUGGUUUGGCUGAGUGUAGAUAGAUCGAUGCUUCUGCUGUGUGUGGUAACUUUUAUGGUACUGAUGUGCUUUCUUCUAUCUUCUUUUCCCUGUACCUAGAUGAUCCAUGGUUUUCAGUACUUUGUACAUCGGAGUCCUGCAGCAAAGCUUUAAACAUCUUGUUUGAUAUUAGCUGCCAACCUGGGCGUCUCCUAGGUUGAUGUAUGAUAGAGUCUCUGUUCGUGUUGCUCUUGUGAAAUUCUCAAUAAGAGCACCACAUUUUCAACAGUGCUCAUUCUGAAUAAGUGCUACUAGUGUUCUUGAUGUUUCUAGUAAAAAAUACUCUCUCCGAUUCUAAAUA